UGGCCAAACACGUGUUUCACUGGGACAAUAGUGAGUGGUGCACACUUCCUUCUACCAGCCACAUAAAAAAAAACAAGUCCCAUUUAAGAGUUGCUGGUGUAACAAUAGGAAGAAUAUAUUCCACUCCUCUCUUGUACACGCGGCUUAUGAGAUGAACGCUGGUCAAGAAGAACGCCCCCUUCAGCAGCAGGAGGAUCCACAGCCCCCCCACAUUAAAGAGGAAGAGGAGGAUCUCUGGGUUACUCAGGAGGAAGAGUUUCUUCCAGGGCAGGAGGAGGCGGAUCUCAGCAAGUUUCCACUGACUGUUGUCUCUGUGAAGACUGAAGAGCAUGAAGACAAACCACCUGAGUCCUCACAGCUUCAUCACAGUCCAAACGUCUGUGAAGAACAUCUCUCUGAGCAACAGAAGUGGAGCUUCAAGAUGAGCAAGGAGGAGCCACAGCCCUUCCACAUUAAGGAGGAAGGAGAGGCGCCACAUACAUUGCAAAUGCAAAGGGAAGAAAAUACCCCACUGACCUCCCAUUUUAAAGAGGAAGAGGAGGAACACAGCAUCAGUCAAGAAUGGUUGGAGGAGUUCCAUGUGAUUGUGAAGAGUGAAGAUGAUGAGGUCAAAGGUGAGAGUGAGGAGAGGGGUGGGGGGGAGCCUCCAAGCAGCAGCUCAACUCAACACAUGACAACAGAAGCUGAUGGAGACCACUGUGGAGGAUCACAAGCAGACAAGCUCUUAGCUCCACUAUCAGAUAGUGAGGACACAACGUCACACUCUCCUGACACUGAUGAUGAAGACUCUAAAGAUGAUAAGACAUGUCACACUGACAACACACACUUCACAUGUUCCCUCUGUGACAAAACUUUUAAACCUCUUAGUAAAUUGAAAAGACACAUGAGAACACACACGGGAGAAAAACCUUUUUCAUGUUCACUCUGCGGUAUAGAUUUUAGUCAUAGGCACCAUUUGAAAGAACACGUCAGAAUACACACUGGAGAAAAACCUUUUUCAUGUUCAAUCUGCGGUAAACAUUUUACUAAAAGACAAAAUUUGAAGGCACACAUCAGAACACACACUGGAGAAAAACCUUUUUCAUGUUCAAUCUGUGGUGCAGAUUUUAAUCAAAGGCAAAAUUUGAAAACACACAUGCGAACACACACAGGAGAAAAACCUUUUUCAUGUUCAAUCUGCAGUAAAGAUUUUACUGGAAGCCAAUAUUUUAAAACACACAUGAGAAUACACUCUGGUGAAAAACCUUUUUCCUGCUCAGAAUGUGGCAAAAGUUUUGUAACAAACCAAAGGUUAAAAGUACACAUGAGAACACACACUGGUGAAAAACCUUUUUCAUGUUAAAUCUACAGUAAAUAGUUUACUCUAAGGCCCCAUUUCAAAUCACACAUGAGAACACACUGGGGAAAAACCAUACUCCUUUUCAAGAUAAAACAAAAGCUUUCGUCACCGACAGUCUUUCACAAUACACAUGAGAACACACACAGGGGAGAAAGUGUUGAGUUGCAGUGUGUGUGGUGAAAGAUUCUCUUCUAAGUCCCAGUGUAAGAAACACAAGUGUGCUGGUGAGAACAGCAGCAGCAAAUGAAGAUGCAGGAUUUGAAAUAAACUGUCAAAACUUGAACUUUGACUUUCUAACAACAUCAGCACAUAUAACAUGUGUGACAUCAUUGUUGUGUGUGUAACACAAUCUUGUUAAUAUGAUUCUAACAUUUAUAGAUUAGACACUUCAGAUUAGUGCUUUUAUUUCAGUCAAGUACAUGAGUUAAUAUACACAUUUGUGUACUUUAAAAUGAACAGAACAAUUUGACUGAAAAGGUGAGAAUAAACAGUACAUAAAAUAUGUUACAUACAAUAAACUUUUAAUAUGUAGAUAUUCAUAAUUCACUUUUAUACUUACUCAUAAUGCUUUAUAUAUGUUUUUUGAAUAAUGAAGCGUUACAUAUUUUAUUUUCUAAUAGUAGAUGAUUCCAUAGAUGAACUCCUUUAUAUGAUGUACAUAUUUGUUUUACAUGUGUUCAUACCUUUGCUUUUGAGUACACAUAAAUCCCUCUUAGUUCAUAUUUACUGGUUCACAUCUGAAACAUCUUCUGGACCACUUCUGGAAGCAUAUUAUUAUUUACUUUAUACAUCAUUUGAACAGUUGUCUUUUAUACAAGAUCAUUUACUUUUAAAAUGUGUGACUUUAUGAAUCAUUUGUUUGGUCUCUAUAAUCCAUUUUAUUAUCUUUAUUACUCUCUUUUGUAAUAUGAAUAUUGGUUUAUAUGUAUGUCCCCAGACCUUUAUGCAAUAAACAAUGUAUGCUUCAACUAAAGUUGGGUACAAUAAUUAUAGUUAAUAUUCGUAUAUAUGUAUUUUAUUACAUUUUGUAUUGCACUUAAUUUUUGUAUGUUUUCUUUAUAUGACUUACAUUUAGUGUCCAGCUUACUUCAUCAUCUAUAUUAACUCCUAAAAAUGUGAUUACCUUUAUUUCUUACAUUUCAAUAUUAUCCAUCAUAAUUUGUGUUUUACAUUUUUACAACCUCCAAAUAUGAUGUAUUUAUUAUUAUAUAUAUUGUGAAGCUAAGCUACGGUAAAAAAAAAAAAACAUUUUCAGCUUUAAAGGCUUUAUGAGAGUGAUGUAAUUAUCAGAAUCAGAAAUACUUUAUUAAUCCCUGAGUGGAAAUAAACAUUUUCAUUAACAUGUGAAUAUUCAAUGUAAUAAUGUAUGAUAUUAAAACCAUAAUAAAGUAGUACUUUUGGGGAUGUGUAAUAUUGUAAUAAUGUUUUUGUGCUAGUAUAUUUGUAAUUAGUAGAGUGGAAAACGGUAUAGCUCGGUUGGUAGAGCGGCCGUGCUACCAACUUGAGGGUUGCAGGUUCGAACCCCGAUUCCGCCAUUCUAGUCAAUGCCGUUGUGUCCUUGGGCAAGACACUUUACCCACCUGCUCCCAGUGCCACCCACACUGCU